AUGUACUUGGGGAGAUAUCCUUUAUUCUAUCGCAUGUCUGCGCCAUCCUCUCCGCCUCCCAGCUUGGGUAAUCAAACGCGCUGGACCAUCACGGGCGAAGAAACGGAAAAGCGAGCAGAUCGAGCAGAUAUAGCAGACGUCGAUGUACAUCCAACUUCGGCAGAGGCUAAACGUGAAUUGCCUACAACCACUGGAACUGUUGCGGAUCCUGCUGCGAACUCGCACGAACCAGCUAGAGACUCCAAUGAGCGAAUAAGUAGUAAAUCCAUCGCAAAAUACUAUAUAGACGUGCUCUCCGCGGAACUUGAAGAGCCUAACCAAGAGGAAGACGAUACAACGAGCCCUCUAUCUUCAUUCCAUCAUACUCUAUUUAAUUCUUUCCAGUUGGGCCUCGACCCUGACAAUUUGGAGUUAGAUACUUCUGUAGAAGACGAGAAGAUGACUGGUAUGGACGAUGAAAUAUCCGACCAGACAGAUCUACUGUCUUCGGUUACCAAUAUCGAAUAUGAAUGUGGCCUGGAAGUCGAUAACUCCAAAAGUCACUCCCGCUGUUCUUCUGUGAGCCCCGAUAUUGGAUUUCGACCUACUACCACAGAAUCAUCCAAAUCGGGCGGGAUAUAUCACGUCCCGAAGUCCAGGGCUCGCCGGUUCCGGCGUAUAAAAAUUAGGCAAUAA